AACUGCCGCCGGUAUCCAAGAAAUUAAUUGCCGGCGAUCAUAAGCUGUUCUGCAUAAGUUUCUCUUGAAGCGGGUGUGUCGUCCUCGUGGAAAUAGCAAAUGGAAGUCCAAAGAGGAGGAUUAGAAGAAGAAGCAACGACGAUUACUCUUUUGAUACGACAUCUUCCUGAAGCUAUUCCCUAUGAAACACUCUCCAGGCUCUUCUCUCACUACGGCUCUAGCUCUUUUCGUCCUUGCUCCGCCGGAAGACUGAGGAACUGUGCAUUUGUGGAUUUCAAGAAUGAAGCUUUGGCUUAUCAAGCACAACGACAGUUAAAUGGGUUGAGGUUUCUUGGUAAGGUCUUAGCAGUGGAGAAAGCUAAUAAGCCAAAUAAGGAUAAUAAAAAUAACCAAAGUGAAACUCAGUUGGGGAAGGAUCAUACAGCACCAACUUCUGUGAAAAAGAACGCUUCUGUAACAGGAGAUUUUGCCGAUGGUUCCAAGUCCACGCCUGCUACUGAGCCUAUUGCUCCAAGGCUUGGUGUAGAUUAUCCAUUUCCUCCUUACCUGGAGUAUGCUUAUCCUCCUCCAGAUGGAAAUAUUUUGACCAACAUUGUUAAUGCUCUUAUUGCUGUUCCUCGGUUUUAUACACAGGUGUUGCAUUUGAUGAACAAAAUGAACAUUCCAGCUCCAUUUCGGAUGGCUCUUCCCACUCCACCACUACCACCUUCGGCACCAGCACCUUCACCCCCACCCCCACCACCACCGACUACUGUUGCUGAAAAGCCUCAUUUGGCAGAUUUAUCCAGCAGUGAAUCCGAGAUUGAGUCUUCAGAUGAAGAGGUUGACGACAAAGCCUCCUCUCUUGGAACUUCAAGAGCAGUUAAAUCAGGGCGAAAGCGCGUCAGACGAGAAGCAAUUGUAGGUCCUGCAGUGGAUAAAGAUGUUGCUCAUGAGGCUGUUGGAGUGAAACCUUCUGCCCUGGUCCCGAAAGAAAUCCCUGUUAUAAAAAAGAAGAACCCUGUGUUGCAGAUUAAAAUUGCUCCAAAAGUAACUCAGAAUGAACAAAAGGAUGAUAGUAUCGUGAAAGAAUCCGAGAAGCCAGACAAAGAAGGAUUGGAUCAUAAAAAUUAUGCAACUCCGGAAGAAUUAGAGAGCAACAAGCUGGCUCCAGAGGAAAUUCUAUCACUUCCAAAGUUUAAGAACUAUACAGUUGGGAGUCCUGCAUCUGUGUUGUACAUAAAGAAUUUGAGCAAGGACGUGGUUGCUGAUGACUUCUUCUACAUAUUUGGGUCAUUAUUUGGAAGCAUUAAUGCAGCUAAAGUUGGCCUCAAUGUGAAGUUAAUGCAGGAGGGAAGAAUGAGGGGUCAAGCUUUUGUGACAUUUCCAUCAGUUGAACUUGCCCAUCAAGCUCUGAAUUUAGUGAAUGGAUAUGUCUUUAAAGGCAAGCCAAUGAUCAUACAGUUUGGCCGGAAUCCUUCAGCUGGCAAGGCAAAUUAGGUGAGAUUUACCAUGAUAGAGGGAGCUGCUUACGCCAUUACAUCUAAUGGUUUUUUCCUCAAAGAUUGGUUCUGCAUAUUCUAAAGGAAGCUGGAGUUAAGUCUCAGACUGAGAUCAUUAAUGAUGCAAGGACACAACUAACUUUUUGCCAUGGGAACCACUUGAUUUCUAUGGACCUUAUAGAGAGGCUCUGUGGUGGCAAGCCUUCCACCGAUUAUUGAUAAAACUGCCAGCCACAGGAGGAGUAAAGAUGGAACAAUGUGCUCUAGAAAAAAAGAAAAAGGGAAAGAGAGGAAGGAAUGGUCCAGCGCUCAGCUUAAAUUCUUCCGUUUACUUGUUUCUUUCUUUUAUCUUUAGCCCGGAAAUUUUGGUCAUUGAGAGAUAUCCAAACAGUGACUGAAGGUAUUCUUGUACAUAUAUAGUACAAUAAUUUAUACUUGUAAAAAUUUUUAUGUUUUGAUUUCACAUAUUAUGAAAUAAUUAUUCGACUAUUUAGCAGCUAA